AUGUUGGGUAUCGACAAACGUUACAUCUGGGGCGUUUUGCCUUUCAUCGGUUUUGCCAUUGGUCACUUUUUGGAUUUAAAAGAAACCGAACGUAUGACCAUGUUCAGAGACAAGAGUGCUCUGUACGGUCGUCCUGAAGGCAGAAAACAGCCAUCAUGGUAAACCAUAGAAAACCAAAAGAAAAAAUCUCGGUUUAAGAUGUAAAAAUAAAUGUUUAUUUUUAAUUUUUAAAAAUAUAUCUAAAGUACACGAAAAUUUAAAAGAA